GUUUUGUGGAAUAAAAUUGGAAAAAUAGCUAAAAGAACAAGGGAAAAAAAUUGUGGUCCAAUUAGCAAGCAAAUAACACCUAAAUCAUCAAGCGGGUCGGGUGCUGCUCAAUAGAGAAGAGACCAUCGAAGCAGAAAAGCUUCAGUUCCAUACAUUUUUCCUGUUAUUCAGAUCCUUAAACAUCCCGCUUUAUCUCACUUGAUGUCUCGCAAGCGCAAUGUCAUUGUUGCAACAGGCUUGGUAGCUUUUGCAGCUGCUGGCUUGUCCUUUCCAUUUUACAUGGCGUCAAGAUCAUCAAGGGCAACUCCAGUUAUUGAUUCAUCAAAGCCAUUACCACCCCAGGCGACUUUUCGUGGGCCUUACAUCAACACUGGAUCGCGUGAUAUUGGACCUGAUCAUCAAACUUACUCUAAGAAAUAACAUCUUGCUUAAUUAGAAUUUAGUAUGCUAGCAAUUGAAGUUGAUAAGAUUUUUUCUCUCUGUUUCCAUGUUCUGUAUUUAGUGAAAGGAGAUAAAUAAUGACCGUCUGUUGAAUCUGCGUUACUCUCAUUAUGUUCUGGUCUUCUGGAGAGAACCUACUGCAAUGUCGAUAUUACCUCUUAAUCAGCCUGGAUUGAUGAAGGACAUUAGCAUGUUGAGAAUGAAUCUUUUUGGGAUAGUCGAGGAGCGCCCUAGCUGGCCUGGACACCACUAUUAUAAAAAGAAUGAUGUUCUUUUAGGGAAAGAGGGACUCGUUCAUAAUAUCCUUUCACACAUAUAGUUGUGUCGUUGCCUGUUCAGUGAAUAUUUCGUUCAGAAACAGCUUUCUGUAAAAUGCAGCUUGCGGGAACAACAGAAAAAUGCCUUUGAACUGUCUAACCAUAUAUAAUGCAUUUGUACUCUUCAUUUCAAACAUGCCUUAGAAAUUAUAUAUCAGCUCCAAAAAAUUAACUUC